ACAGAUUCGGGUUACAGUAUUACUGUGUGUGUGCGUGUGUGUGUUGGCCCUCGGUGGGCCGGGCGCGAGGAGAGAGGAGGAAAAGCGUGUUUACACAGACGGCCGAGCGCCUGGGGAACAGAGUAGGAGAGGAAGUGAGCCGGCUCUCUGUCUGCCUGCCCCAACUUCCUGCUCAGAGAGAGAGAGAGCGAGAGAGAGAGAGAGAGAGAGAGAGAGAGAGAGAAACACUGAGGAUCCCAUUACAGUCGGACUGUGCUGCCGAGACGGCCGACAGCAUGGAAAAACAGGGCAUUUUACGGAAUUCUUUUUAACACAUUAAAAGGACGGGGGGAAACCAGCCAUUUCGCGCGGACAUGGAGAGUGCCAUCACGUUGUGGCAGUUCCUGUUGCAGUUGCUGCUGGACCAGAGCCAUAAGCACCUGAUCUGCUGGACGUCUAAUGACGGCGAGUUCAAGCUGCUCAAGUCUGAGGAGGUGGCCAAGCUUUGGGGUCUGAGGAAGAACAAAACGAAUAUGAAUUACGAUAAACUGAGCCGAGCUUUGCGCUACUACUACGACAAGAAUAUUAUAAAGAAGGUGAUUGGUCAGAAGUUUGUGUACAAGUUUGUCUCGUUUCCUGACAUCCUGAAAAUGGAUCCUCAGGCGGUGGAGCUUGGCAGAGAAGGGGGCAGCAUUAUGUUACAAGAGGCCGAGUCUGAUGGAGGGGAGGGGGAAGAAUCUCCAAAACUCUCUCUGUCAUCGCUGAGAAGCCCCGCUGGCAGGAACGAAUAUCUUAACUCUGGCCUAUACUCAUCUUUUACUGUUAGCUCUCUCCAAGGCCCGCCUCCACUGCUGCAUCCAGUCAAAGUGGAGAAAAGGAGAGGGGUGGAACGAGGGGAAGAAGGACCAACCGUGAUUAGGUUUGUCACCAAUCGGUCAGAGAAAGCAGUGCCCCUCCCCUCCUCUCCUGCCCCUACCUCAUCAGAGGUUUUCUUCAGCUCAAAAGCCUCCCCUAAUUCCUCUCGUUCAUCAUCCCCGUCUCAUAGCCCAUCCUACUCACGGAGGCUGAGCCCAGAGGCUCGGAUGGACGAAUCAGAGCAGAACGCUCAGCCUCUCAAUUUAUCGUCCGGCCACAGGGAGCGAGCCCAGGUGCAAGCCUCGCCCCUUGAGAGGAGGAGUAGCACCAAUGGACUUCCUCCCAAAGCUCGGAAACCCAAAGGUCUGGAAAUCUCAGCUCCUUCCAUACUGCUUUCAGGAAAUGACCUGGGUUCCAUUGCCCUUAACAGCCCUGCAUUGCCCUCAGGGUCCCUCACACCAGCCUUCUUUACUGCACAGACUCCCUCGGGUUUGCUGCUGGCUCCAAGCCCUCUCCUAUCCUCCAUUCAUUUCUGGAGUAGUCUGAGUCCUGUCGCUCCUCUCAGCCCAGCACGACUACAGGGACACGGAUCCCUUUUCCAGUUCCCUACUCUGCUGAACGGACCUCUCCCUGUGCAUCUCCCCAACCUGGACUCUUCAUCCUCCUCUUCCUCGCUUCUCCUCUCAUCUAGUACUCCGAAAUCCUGAUUCCAAUCCCUUUUCUAAAAAAACAAAAAAAAACAAAAAAACAAACCACACACACACACACACACACACACACACACACACACACACACACACACACACAUUAAUACUUGCUAAAAAAGUAAUUGUUGCACUACACCUCCUUGUGGUUAUAGUUACCACAAAAAUAACCACAUCCAACAUUUUAAAGAAAACAGAUUACUUUUUAAAAAAGAAAACAUUUCUAGGCCGAAACUCGGGCUGUACACCAAUCUGCUCAUGUGGUAGGUAUUAUUGUGCCAAAGAAAGCAAAAUGGCACCAGUGAGCUGUUGGAAAAACUCAGCCUUAUAAUAUAUCAUCCAAAUCAAGAGGGUUUUUUUUAUUUUUAAUAAAGUCAAAUUUUCAAAUGAGACACACGUAAAGCAGUGCUGGAAAAUAAUAGUACAUACAAUCUUCCUCUACGUAUUACCCCCCACAUUUGGCAAGGACCAAAGAUACCAUUGACUUCCAGACAACACACUCCUACCAGAGUCAUACAUUUUUCUCCAAAUUGUAGUCACUGCAGAUUCCCACCCACAAGCUAGUUAUGCUGGGUGAUAUGGCAAAGGCUAACACAUGCUUCCUCCAUCAAAAUAUUUUGAAUUUCUGCAAAUGUAAUGUCAGGGCAGCUGAAAGCAUUUGGAGGAGAGCACCAUCUGACCAAUCCUGUAUAUACAUGAGCGAAGAAGUGCCUGUGUCAUUCUGAAUGACCGGGAAAGAGCGAUGCCAUCCUGCUCACCCAGAGAGCAAAGCCAAUCACACUCCCAGUCAUGGAUGGUUGUAGAAGCAUUGGGAUUUGAAUUCACGAUCAUCCGACGACAGCAUUUAGUGCCUCCAGCGUUGGUGCUUUUAUCAGAAUGUUCAUGUCUCUCAGUUUAGUGAAGUUCCUAUUGCAAAGCUGAGAGCAUACUUAUUACAACCCAUAUUAGAGAUCUUCUUAACACCCCCCCCCAUUUGGUUUCCAUUGUAUGUUUUUGUAAUCAUCUUCUGAGGCUGUGAAUCAGGUUCUGUUUAAUUUGUCUGAUAUUGUAUAUUAUUGUAUUGUAUGCACUGUGCUUUAAACUACCGGCUGUGCCUUUUUUCUGUGUAAGAAUGUGUAUAUGUAUUAUUUUCCUGCUUUUAAGAAAUUCAGACAAAAUGUUUUGUAAUAGACGAAUUCCAUCACCAUAUCGGAAAGAAAAGCAUUGUAAUAGCUUUGUUAUUUUUUCAUUACAGAAUUGAAAAAAAAUGUAUUCUCAUAUUAAUUUUAUAUUUUUUGCUUUCUAAGAGACAAAGAAAUGUGCCUGUUUUCAAUAAAAGGAAAGCAUUGAAUGCUG